AUGGAUGAGGCUCGCCAGAAAGCCAUUAAAGCAGAAGAUGCCGUGGAGAAAGAACGCCUGAUGCGCGAGGUUGAAAAGUCUCGCAAGAAGAUCAAGAGUACGAAACGUGCCUUGGAGCGAGGAAAUGAGCCUGAGGAAAUCAGUGAAGUAACCCCGAUGGCUCCGAACCUCGAAGGCGGCACUACCAGCACUUUCCAUGUCGCUUCGAAAUCUCCCCCGCCAAAGAGAAAGUCUGGCAAGUCUGGCUCCGCCUUGCGACCGAAGAAAUCCAAGGAGAAGAAACAAGUCGAAAAAGAUGCUGCGGAAGCUGCCUAUGCUGCCAUGGAGAAGGAUGACGAGCUUGUUCCUCUUGCUCCCGAGGAGGAUUCGAAGAAGGAAGCGUUGAAGAAAGAGGCCAAAGGUGCCCUCUCCAAGGAAACGACCCCCUCUCCUACCACUACGCCAUUCGAAUCCAAGGCCUACAACAUGCUAUACGAGGCUAUCUGGAGAGAGAUUGCUCGAAAAGAUGUACCCAAAGUCUAUCGUAUCAAGGCAGCUUCAUUGAGCACUCGCCAGGAGAACCUCCGUAAGACCGCCCAGCUGGCCAGCAAACAGGCUCGUAAAUGGCAAGAACGUACCAACAAGAGUAUGAAGGAUACUCAAGCUCGAGCGAAGAGAACUAUGCGCGAGAUGAUGUCAUUCUGGAAACGGAAUGAGCGUGAGGAACGCGAUCUGCGUCAGCUGUAUUCCCAUUUCAUAGGCCGAAAGAUAAAAACAAGUCAAGCUGAACAGACAGAUGACACCGCUGGCGUCGAUACUGCUGUGGAUAUGGCCAGCCCGAAACUUGAUAUACCCCCUCCUGGGAACGACAUGAAAGUGGCGCCAAAGGUCACAAGUUUCGAGGACCUCGACUUCGAUGCAGAAGAUGAAACGGCAUUACGGCAAGCGGCAAUGGCUAAUGCCCAAAAUGCCGUACAACAAGCUCAAGACCGGGCCCGGGCAUUCAACAACGACGAUAACAAAAUGGCUGCCUUCGAUGAAGGGGAGAUGAAUUUCCAGAAUCCUACAAGUCUUGUUGAAGGGUUUGAACUGGCUUGUCAAUCUCUACGAGCAAGGCAUCAACGGUAUUCUUGCAGAUGA